AUGGCCAAGGCUGACUCUGACGAUGCAGAGCCGAAUGAGAAUGUCGAGCAGAUUGGCAUGGAUGAUUUUCCCGGGGAAAGCGCCUUCUCGCGUAUUAUCAUGGAUGAUCUACUGACCAACAACAUCAACGUGGUCGAAGUGCCCGGGGACGAGCGUGAGCUCAAUCUGAACCUGGGGGGUGUGGAGAUGAAUGUGAACCUGGAUCUGGACUUGGGUGAGUGCGGAGAUGUAUUGGCAAGGGCCG